AUGACGCGAAAUUUAUUAAAAUUUAUACCUCUGAAUAAUUGGCUUCGUGGCUAUUCUAAACCAAAGGCUAUUUCUGAUUUCAUAGCUGGUGUAACUGUUGGUUUAACAGUUCUUCCUCAGAGUUUGGCUUACGCGACUUUAGCUGGGCUGGAACCACAGUAUGGCUUGUACUCGGCCUUCAUGGGGUGCUUCGUCUACGCCCUUUUGGGGGGCUGUCGCCAAGUUACAAUCGGCCCGACGGCACUGCUCUCUCUGAUGACUGCCAAAUAUACUGCUCAAGCAGCAGGAAUAGAAUUAGCUGUUUUGCUGUGCUUUUUAUCUGGCUGCGUCCAAUCGCUGAUGGCAAUCUUUCGAAUGGGAUCUCUGGUUGAUAUAAUAUCCUUACCAAUAAGUAUUGGUUUUACUUCAGCGACUGCUGUAAUAAUAGCAACGUCCCAAAUAAAAUCCUUGCUAGGCUUAAAAUAUCCUCGAGGAAGUGGUGAUAAUUUUGGAAAAACACUAGUUAAUAUUUAUCAAAAUUUGCCUAAUACUCAACUUGGAGAUAGUUUACUAGGUUUAUCUAGUAUACUCCUACUACUACUUUUGAGGAAAUUCAAAGAUUACAGAAGCACGUCUACUAGGUCCAAAGUGUACAAACAAUUUCGUACUUUAUUAUGGCUUAUAGCAACUGCAAGAAAUGCUAUAAUAGUUUUAUUAGGAGUCGUAAUUGCAUAUAGUUUUGAAAAAUAUACUUCAACAAUACCAUUUCAAGUCACGGGAUCAGUAAAAUCAGGUCUUCCAUCAAUCCACUUGCCUGCAUUUUAUGUCAAUAAAGAAUAUUGUAACAUUACUACAUACAAAAAUGUAGACGACGGCAAUAAUACGGACAUAUCACAUCAACUUGUUUUCGAAACUUGUACAGAAAUAAAAAAUAAAACUGUUGUUUCUUAUAAUGAAAGUAUUAUAUACGAAUCGAAUUUAAUAGAACUAGGUUUUAAAGAUAUGGUCGAUAUUCUUGGAUCGUCGAUUAUUUUAGUACCUAUUAUAGCUGUUUUGGGAAACGUUGCUAUAUCAAAAGCGUUCGGUGGUGCCAAAUUAAAUCCUUCACGUGAACUUUUAGCUUUAUCAUUAAGUAAUAUUUUUGGAUCAUUUGUAUCAUCGAUGCCAGUGACUGGAUCUUUUUCAAGAAGUGCUGUAAAUCAUGCAUCGGGUGUACAAACUCCUUUGGGCGGAGUUUAUACAGGUCUUUUAGUAUUAUUAGCUAUAGGUUUAUUAACGCCGUAUUUUCAUUAUAUUCCCAAAAGUUCUUUGUCGGCUGUGAUAAUAUGCGCUGUGAUCUUUAUGAUCGAAUAUGAGGUAGUUAGGCCCUUAUGGCGUUGCAGCCGAAGAGAAUUAUUCGGUUGUGUGAAAACAUUUGUACUUAGUCUUGUAUUCAGUGUCGAAAUUGGACUCUUAGUCGGAGUUUCAUGGGAUUUAUUAUAUGUCGUUUAUAAAGCAGCCAGACCUGAUUUGCCGAUUACAAAAGUCACAACAGAUUCGGGCAUCGAGUUCUUAAUUUUAAAACCAGGCCAUGGUUUAUUAUAUUUUCCAGCAGUCGAUUUUCUACGAGAUGCUAUUAGAAAAGCUGCCAACGAAAAAGGUGUUCCUGUAAUAAUCGAUUGCAAUAAUUUACAAGAUAUUGAUUUCACUGCGGCAAGAGGCAUUGUUACUUUAUCCAAAGAACUCAAUGGAAGACUAAUUUUAAUGAACGCCAGUGAAAAAGUUUUGAAAGUAAUAGAAGAUGCAAAUAGUGCAAAAGUUCCCAUUAAAAAUGUUUUGAACGAAACGGAGUUAAAUAUUAUUUUAGAAGACAAUCAUACAUUUUCAAAUGCAACCGAACUGAGGGAUGUCCGAAAACCGUUGUUGAAACUACAGAAAUAA